AUGAAGACAUUACAGAGAGAAUAUGGAGUAAAUCUGACAUAUAAACAAGCAUAUGCUGCUAAAUUAAAAGCAAUAGAGGAUAUUCAAGGCAGACCAGAUCAAUCUUAUAUGCUUAUACCAUGGAUAUGUCAACGACUAAAGGAAAGUGAUUCGACAACAGUUGCUGAAUGGGAAGCUUCAAACAAUUACAUAUUUGAGCGUGUUUUUAUAGCAUAUGGUUGUUGUAUUGAGGGGUUCUUGGUUAGGGCAAGACAUAUAUUAUAUAUAGAUGGUACUCAUUUAAGUGGCCCAUAUAAAGGAACCUUGUUGUCAGCCUCCACAUAUGAUGCAGACAAUGAGUUACUACCAUUUGCAAUUGCUAUUGUGAAUGGGGAGAUAUUAGAGGACUGGACAUGGUUUUUAUCCAAGAUUAGACAGAUAACAGGGUCAAUUGAGCUGACCAUAGUUUCAGACCGUCAUAAUGCUAUAAUAGGAGCUGUACGAGUCAUAUUUGGUAGUGAUAGACAUGCAUUUUGCUAUUGCCAUGUGAAGGAAAACUUUAGUUCAGAAUGGAUGAAAAUAAAUAGAGGAAGGGGAAGGACAAGUGCUAAGAGUAAGGUUGAUGCACUAAAGUUGCUUGAUGAUAUUGCUUAUGCAAGACUUGAAACUGAGUUUGAUAAGGCAAUAGGACAUAUGAGGGAUAUGUCUCAAGAGUUAUUUGAAUGGCUUGUGAAUCAUGGUGAUAUUGAUAGGUGGGCUUUAAGUCAAUUCCCAUUUAAACGAUAG